GAAUGACUCAAGACCUCCACCACAAACCAAGCCACUCAAAACCCUAAACAAGCCUUCUGAGGAUCGCCGGCGAGCUUGAAAUCUCGGCGGCGCCGGCGAGUUUGACGGCUGAGGUACGAGGAGGAUGUAUAAGAACCAAUUGCAGGAGCUGGCGCAGCGGAGCUGCUUCAACUUGCCGUCCUAUUCGUGUAUCAGAGAAGGCCCUGAUCACGCACCGAGGUUUAAAGCGGCGGUGAACUUCAACGGCGAUGUGUUCGAGAGCCCCGCCUUCUGCACGACGCUUCGCCAGGCGGAGCACUCCGCGGCUGAGGUCGCCCUCGCCGCUCUCGCCUCCCGAGGCCCCUCCCAAUCCCUCGCCGCUCGCAUCCUGGAUGAAACCGGUGUCUAUAAGAACCUUUUACAGGAAAUUGCUCAGAGAGUUGGAGCACCAUUACCAUCAUACACUACCUUUAGGUCCGGCCUGGGGCACCUACCAGUGUUUACAGGCACUGUGGAGCUGGCAGGAAUCACAUUUACGGGGGAGCCAGCUAAGAGUAAGAAGCAAGCAGAGAAGAAUGCUGCCAUGGCGGCUUGGUCCUCUUUGAAACAAUUGGCACGAGAAGCGGCAAGCUCAUCAACAGAGCCAGAGAACAAUGAUGAGCAAGAACAGAUCACCAUAGCCCGAGUUUUACUGAAGUACCGCCUCAAGCAAAAGAUGGCGAUGGCCAAUGAUCCCCAUGCCUCACCAUUUCCAAAGAAAUUUCCAAUGCAGCAAGAUAGAAGGCCUUCUUUUAACCAGCCACCUCCAGCAACUGUAUCCAAGAUCCUACCCCUACUUCGGCCAAAAUCUGCUCCAAGAACUAGGCCUCCGUCUCCAGCAACAUCUGAUAACACUGCCUUUCCCGCUUUGUUUUCACAACCAGAUAAUCAUACUACUCGAGUCCAGAAGUUCCCUGCACCUAAUGCAGCUCCUUACUUCCCUGUCCAGCACUUCAGAGUACCAUACCAUGCCAUGGCACAACCAGUGACGAUAAGAACGGCAGUUCCAGUUUACUCAGCUCCACCCCUCCCACCUCCAGCCAAACAUCAGCUUCAUCAUAUUAUGGCCCCAUCAAUGAGAAUGGCAUCGCCUGUUUGUGUAAGACCCGUGGUGCGGGUUUUUGCUGCUCCCCCUCCAGCUCCUCCAGCCGCAAUUCCAGCUGUCUCUGUUCCAGUACAAGAGAGGCCUCUGCAUUCUACCUCCUCAUCAGGACCAGUAGUGAAGACAGAGGAGAAGGCGGAUGCUAUACUCGAUGAACCACAAGAAUCCAUGGUGUUGGAGAGCUUGAAUGAUCUCAAAAUAUGAUGACAACUCUGGUCAAGUACAUCUCGGGGAGAUUUUCAUCCUUUUUGGCUUCGCCUUCUGCCCCAGUCUAGUCUGGCCUAUGUUGAUGGUCUUGCUUGCAUCAACUCCAUGGUUUUUGCAUAGGCUAUGUUGUUCUAGCUAUCUUUAAGUAAAUUGCAACAUAGGCAAUUCAGGUGAUAAUGAUCAUAAUUUUGAGCCUCCAACCUUAAUGUUCGUAUAUUUCCUUUGAGGCUGAAGCAAAUGGAUUGUUCUAUGUAUUGUAUGGAGGAUUGUGUAGGUUUUCAGGUGCAAAGCAAGCAAUGUAGAUAUUUGUUUCUCAAUUGCAUUGCCUUUUUCUCUUUAA